GCGAGGGGGAGGGGAGCGGGCCUCACUUCUUCGGGAGGACCUCCCGAGGCUCCCCGGGCGGGGCGGCGGCCCGUGCGGAGCCCCGAGCCCGGUGUUCGCACAGCCGGCGGGCAGCUGCCGCCCGAGAGACGAGGGAGGGGGCAGGAAGCGAGGUUCAAAAUCACGCGGCCGGAGCAGCCCAUCUCAGGAGUGAGCACUACAAAGAAAACCUGAUGCAACCUUGCCAGAUUGUCCGCUGCCGAUUACUGUCCUGGCUGUAUAGUGGGCUGAAGUCUCCAGCCUCCGCCGGAACCCGGAUCUGCCCGACGAUGGCUCGACCAAGUUCAAAUAUGGCUGAUUUUCGGAAGUUCUUCGCAAAAGCAAAGCACGUAGUCAUCAUUUCAGGGGCUGGCGUUAGUGCUGAGAGUGGGGUUCCGACCUUCAGAGGAGCCGGGGGCUACUGGAGAACAUGGCAAGCUCAGGACCUGGCCACCCCCCAGGCGUUUGCCCGAAACCCGUCCCUGGUGUGGGAGUUCUACCACUACCGGCGGGAGGUGAUGCUGAGCAAGGAGCCCAACGCCGGGCACCUCGCCAUCGCCGAGUGUGAGGCCCGGCUGCGCGGGCAGGGCCGGCGGCUCACCGUCAUCACUCAGAACAUCGACGAGCUGCACCGUAGGGCGGGCACCAAGAACCUUCUGGAAAUCCACGGUAGCUUAUUUAAAACUCGAUGUACCUCUUGCGGAGCUGUGGCUGAGAAUUACAAGAGCCCCAUUUGUCCAGCUCUGUCGGGAAAAGGGGCUCCCGAACCUGAAGCUCAGGAUGCCAGGAUCCCAGUGGAGAAGCUUCCCCGGUGUGAAGAGACGGGGUGCCAGGGCCUGCUGCGACCCCAUGUGGUGUGGUUUGGAGAAAACCUGGAUCCUGCUGUUCUGGAGGAGGUUGACCGAGAGCUGACCCUCUGUGACCUAUGUCUAGUGGUGGGAACUUCCUCUGUGGUUUAUCCGGCCGCCAUGUUUGCCCCCCAGGUGUCCGCCCGCGGAGUGCCGGUGGCCGAAUUCAACAUGGAAACCACCCCAGCCACCAACAGAUUCAGAAAAUCCUACUUUCACAGGAUCUUCUCAAUCCUGCAUUUAGAGUUGAGUUUUUUCCGUUGUGUUUUUCCUCAAAGUUUCAUUUCCAGGGGCCGUGUGGCACCACUCUUCCUGAGGCCCUCGCUCCUCAUGAGUCUGAAAACGCGUCUUAAUUGUCCUGAAAAAGGAGAGAUUGUAGUACAUCCAGGUACAGACGGAGAAGAAACAGUCAUGGCGGUGGUGAGCCAAAUGUUAGAAAAUCCAGAAACAGCCUCUGAUUUCCUGGCUAGAAUCCCAUGUGAUGAUAAGUGACGGGGGUUUAGAAGGAACAACCACAAACAGAGUUGGGAGGAGAAGUCAGUGAGCAGUACAGUUCAUGCGUGUUAUUUUGUGUGGACUUUGGUUGGUUAUUGGAAGGGGAAAUUUUUGUGAUUAGAUUAUCUUUUUAAAGAAGUAAUUGUGCUGAUUGUAUUGUCACUAUCUGGGCAAAGAGAGAAGUACAGGGGUAAAACCUGGGUAUUUCUGAUUUUCGGCAAGUUCUGGUGGAAAAUAAAAUCGCUCUCUACAGUA